CUCCAGUCCCUCCAUUUUGUUGUCGGAAAGAGAACGUUGCAGAAAACUGUGUCGUUUAGAAGGAUUUUCUGGCAAUGGACGGGUAUGUGUAAUCGGCCUUGUACGAAGCUUGUGUUUUUCUUGAAUGAAUGCAUCAUGCGCGGAAAGAUAUCGUUGAUUAAAAGUAAAGUAACUAACCUCAGAUCCUAGCUAGGGUUUGUUUUAGCUAGCUAGCGUUACCUUAGCUUGGCUAGCUACUAGUAGCUAACUCCUGGCUGAGCCCAUGCCAUGUCAGUGAACUGGGAGAGAGCGAUGGCAAGUUAGAUUUACCUAUUUAGCUAAUGUUAGCUACGUAAACAAUAUUUAGUUUUCGCAACUGUUUAGUAGCCUGCUAACUUACGUUAGGUAAUACGUGGACUGGACAAUGUAUUAUUCAGCUAACGUUAGUUAACUAGCUCUCUGGCUAAUAUUCCAUGAGAGAGUGUGUCGUCGUCACUUGUCCGUUGAUCAUUCAUUGAAUCCUUUGUUGAUCGGAAAUCUAGCUAGCUAACGUUAGCUAGCUAUCCACAAUAAAAUAGGAGUCAUCAACACCGUUUAACAAAAAAUAAGUCCUGGUUAAAUUUAAUUGCGAUACAGGUUUCCCCUUUUUAUAUGUGGUCUAAUAAUCAACAUGUGUAGCUAUGUUGUAACUAGUUAACUAUGGCCUGGUGGAAAGAGAAACGUUUGGUUUUCUUUUUGCAGGUAGCCACGCCACUAGCCAGCUAAAUCGCGCGUCUUACCAUGGGUAGCUAGCUGGCUAGCGUUAGCUAACUUCCUUAGCUAGCAAGCUCGAAUGUAACUUACUUGAACCUAACGUUACUACUAACGUUAGCUACCUGGGUGACUGUGCUGCACAUAAAGUAUCUGCUAAUAACGUUACCGUUACUAGGUAGCUGGUAAGCUACCUUCUCUAUCCCGUGAGUUAACUAUGUACUAGCUAGUUGAACUAGCUAGCUAGAAAAGCAGCAUGCUCUGUAUUGUGGAAAGAUUAAGCUUAGCUAAUCAUUAUGUUCCCCCUCUUUUUCAGUAUUGGAGAUGUUGCAGUUGGCGUAAAGGUAAGCCUCAGUCCAGUGCCCUCUCUAUGGCAAAGGUUAUAGAUGCUUGGAAACCACAUCUAAAAUUCUCUCUCAUUGCUAUGGCAAUGCAAAAACCUUUUUUCUUAACCAGUUGAUAUAUAUAAUUUUUUUAAAAAAUCUUUAUUUAACUAGGUAGGCCAGUUGAGAACAAGUUCUCAUUUACAACUGCGACCUGGCCAAGAUAAAGCAGUGCGGUAAAAACAACAACAACACAGAGUUACAUUUACAUUAUGUCAUUUAGAAGACACUCUUAUCCAGAGUGACUUACAAAUUGGUGCAUUCACCUUAUAGCCAGAGGGAUAACCUCAUUACAAUAUGUUUUUUUUCUUUGGGGUGGGCUAAUGGGGGGUAGAAGGAUUACUUUAUCCCAUCCCAGGUAUUCCUUAAAGAGGUGGGGUUUCAAGUGUCUCCGGAAGAUGGUGAGUGACUCCGCUGUCCUGGCGUCGUGAGGGAGCUUGUUCCACCAUUGGGGUGCCAGAGCAGCGAACAGUUUUGACUGGGCUGAGCGGGAACUGUGCUUCCGCAGAGGUAGGGGGGCCAGCAGGCCAGAGGUGGAUGAACGCAAUGCCCUCGUUUGGGUGUAGGGACUGAUCAGAGCCUGAAGGUAUGGAGGUGCCGUUCCCCUCACAGCUCCGUAGGCAAGCACCAUGGUCUUGUAGCAGAUGCGAGCUUCAACUGGAAGCCAGUGGAGUGUGCGGAGGAGCGGGGUGACGUGAGAGAACUUGGGAAGGUUGAACACCAGACGGGCUGCGGCAUUCUGGAUGAGUUGUAGGGGUUUAAUGGCACAGGCAGGGAGCCCAGCCAACAGCGAGUUGCAGUAAUCCAGACGGGAGAUGACAAGUGCCUGGAUUAGGACCUGUGCCGCUUCCUGUGUAAGGCAGGGUCGUACUCUCCGAAUGUUGUAGAGCAUGAACCUACAGGAUCGGGUCACCACCUUGAUGUUAGCGGAGAACGACAGGGUGUUGUUCAGGGUCACACCAAGGCUCUUUGCACUCUGGGAGGAGGACACAACAGAGUUGUCAACCGUGAUGGCAAGAUCAUGGAACGGGCAGUCCUUCCCCGGGAGGAAGAGCAGCUCCGUCUUGCAGAGGUUCAGCUUGAGGUGGUGAUCCGUCAUCCACACUGAUAUGUCUGCCAGACAUGCAGAGAUGCGAUUCGCCACCUGGUUAUCAGAAGGGGGAAAGGAGAAGAUUAGUUGUGUGUCGUCUGCGUAGCAAUGAUAGGAGAGGCCAUGUGAGGAUAUGACAGAGCCAAGUGACUUGGUGUAUAGCGAGAAUAGGAGAGGGCCUAGAACUGAGCCCUGGGGGACACCAGUGGUGAGAGCACGUGGUGCGGAGACAGAUUCUCGCCACGCCACUUGGUAGGAGCGACCUGUCAGGUAGGACGCAAUCCAAGAGUGAGCCGCGCCGGAGAUGCCCAACUCGGAGAGGGUGGAGAGGAGGAUCUGAUGGUUCACAGUAUCAAAGGCAGCAGACAGGUCUAGAAGGACAAGAGCAGAGGAGAGAGAGUUAGCUUUAGCAGUGCGGAGAGCCUCCGUGACACAGAGAAGAGCAGUCUCAGUUUAAUGACCAGUCUUGAACCUGACUGGUUUGGAUCAAGAAGGUAAUUCUGAGAGAGAUAGCAAGAGAGUUGGCUAAAGACGGCACGCUCAAGAGUUUUGGAGAGAAAAGAAAGAAGGGAUACUGGUCUGUAGUUGUUGACAUCGGAGGGAUCGAGUGUAGGUUUUUUGAGAAGGGGUGCAACUCUCGCUCUCUUGAAGACGGAAGGGACAUAGCCAGCGGUCAAGGAUGAGUUGAUGAGCGAGGUGAGGUAAGGGAGAAGGUCACCGGAAAUGGUCUGGAGAAGAGAGGAGGGGAUAGGGUCAAGCGGGCAGGUUGUUGGGCGGCCGGCCGUCACAAGUCGCAAGAUUUCAUCUGGAGAGAGAGGGGAGAAAUAAGUCAAAGCAUAGGGUAGGGCAGUGUGAGCAGGACCAGCAGUGUCAUAUGACUUAACAAACGAGGAUCGGAUGUCGUCAACCUUCUUUUCAAAAUGGUUGAUGAAGUCAUCCACGGGGAGGGGGAGGAGGAUUCAGCAGGGAGGAGAAGGUGGCAAAGAGCUUCCUAGGGUUAGAGGCAGAUGCUUGGAAUUUAGAGUGGAAUAAACCAAACUUACAGUCAAUAACACAAUAGAUGAUCUAUAUACAGUGUGUGCAAAUGUAGUAAGUUAUGGAGGUAAGGCAAUAAAUAGGCCAUAGUGCAAAAUAAUUACAAUUAUAUUUUAGUAUGAACAAUGGAGUGAUAGAUGUGCAGAAGAUGAUGUGCAAAUAGAGAUACUGGGGUGCAAAUGAGCAAAAUAAAUAACAAUGUAAAUAACAAUAUGAGGAUGAGUUAGUUGGGUGGGCUAAUUUCAGAUGGGCUGUGUACAGGUGCAGUGAGUGGUAAGCUGCUCUGACAACUGAUGCUUUAAGAUAGUGAGGGAGAUAAGUGUCUCCAACUUCAGAUAUUUUUGCAGUUCUUUCCAGUCAUUUGUAGCAGAGAACUGGAAGGAAUGGCGGCCAAAGGAGGUGUUGGCUUUGGGGAUGACCAGUGAGAUAUACCUGCUGGAACGCAUACUACGGGUGGGUGUUGCUAUGGUGACCAAUGAGCUAAGAUAAGGCAGGGAUUUUCCUAGAAGUGAUUUAUAGAUGACCUGGAGCCAGUGGGUUUGGCGACGAGUAUAUAGUGAGGGCCAGCCAACGAGAGCGUACAGGUCACAAUGGUGGGUAGUAUAUGGGGUUUUGGUGACAAAACGGAUGGCACUGUGAUAGACUACAUCCAAUUUGCUGAGUAGAGUGUUGGAAGCUAUUUUGUAAAUGACAUCGCCAAAGUCAAGGAUCGGUAGGAUAGUCAGUUUUACGAGGGCAUGUUUAGCAGCAUGCGUGAAGGAGGCUUUGUUGCGAAAUAGGAAGCCAAUUCUAGAUUUAACUUUGGAUUGGAGAUGCUUAAUGUGAGUCUGGAAGGAGAGUUUACGGUCUAACCAGACACCUAGGUAUUUGUAGUUGUCCAUAUAUUCUAAGUCAGACCCGUCGAGUAGUGAUUCUAGUCGGGCAGGCGGGUGCAAGCAGCGUUCGAUUGAAGAGCAUGCAUUUAGUUUUACUAGCGUUUAAGAGCAGUUGGAGGCCACGGAAGGAGUGUUGUAUGGCAUUGAAGCUCGUUUGGAGUUUAACAGUGUCCAAUGAAGGGCCAGAUGUAUACAAAAUGGUGUCGUCUGCGUAGAGGUGGAUCUGAGAGUCACCAGCAGCAAGAGCGACAUCAUUGAUAUACACAGAGAAUAGAGUCGGCCCGAGAAUUGAACCCCGUGGCACCCCCAUAGAGCCUGCUAGAGGUCCAGACAACAGGCCCUCCGAUUUGACACAUUUAACUCUAUCUGAGAAGUAGUUGGUGAACCAGGCGAGGCAGUCAUUUGACCCAUUGGUAUUCCUGCCAAUAAGAAUGCGGUGAUUGACAGAGUCAAAAGCCUUGGCCAGGUCAAUGAAGACGGCUGCACAGUACUGUCUUUUAUCAAUCGCGGUUAUUAUUCAGGAUUUAGUUAGCCUAAUGACUCCAUUCUGUUUUUAGACCCCUAUAUAUAUUUUUAUUUUGCCUUUAUUUAAGUCAGUUAAGAACAAAUUAUUAUUUACAAUGACGGCCAAACCCGGACAACACUGGGCCAAUUGUGCGCUGCUCUAUGGGGCUCCCAAUCACGUCCGUUUGUGAUACAGCCUGGAAUUGAACCAGGGGGUCUGUAGUGACGACUCAAGCACUGAGAUGCAGUGCCUUAGACCACUGCGCCACUCGGGAGCCCAAUAAUUAUACUUUAUGGGAAGAUACCUAACCCUCCCAUUUACAACAAUUAAUAAAAACAAAAGUAGUUCUUUGUGUACACUGCACAGCUUUUCAAGUCAGAAUCUGUGCAUACCAGUAUGAGCACAGAAUCUUAAAUUUAGCCUACUAUUGUUGAGAGAGCAUGUAGUAUCGGGUCAAAAAGAUUAGGCUACAUUUCAAAUCAUCAUUUCUAGCUUUCAUGAUAUUAGAACAACAGUAAUCAAAUAGGAACAACUUAUGUCCAUUCUGGUUAGGGAGAAAGGUGUUCUCUUUUAUUAAAUGCAUUCUGAUCCUGUACCCUCCUAACCCAGUUUGUCCAACAACCGCAGUUCCGUCUGGUGCAAAACGGUACACUCCGUCUGGUGCAAAACAAAGUUAACUCUUCCUCUUAAAGACAAACAGUCCUUUGAUAGUAUUAUUGGGCUUUGCCUCUGUGUUUUUCAUCAAUAUUUAAUGUCCAAAAGAAAGUUUGCUUUGAGAAACAUUCCUUACAGUUUCAUUCCCAGUCCUGGUGUGAGUUAGGCAUAGUUGUCACUUUUUAAGUCAAAGACAACUUUAUUACCUGGAAUUUAUUUGUGGACUCUGGCCCUACGGGAGCACUCCAUAUCUAAUUUAUCACAUCUAUAAAAAAAUGUUGGUGAUAAAGAACAUUUUGUGCAAAUUCACUCGCAGACAAAAGAGAAAAAGCCUAAGACCCAGGCCUAUUCUAUAGUUGGGUCUGUAAUGGCUCCAGGCCUCGCUGUCCCAUCUGUCAGUUUUAGCGGUGCUCGGAGUGCGUCAGCCACCAACUGCAGCCCAGCGGACAGAGGACAGCUCCGAGCCGUCGGGGAGCGCUGGGGAGCUCCAGAUGAAAUGACAUGUCUGAUAUCUUGAGACUCCAUGAGAUUAAACCGACUGACACUAGAAACAAAUAAAAUGAGAGUCGACUCUUGGUGUUAUGCCCCCCCUCCGUUUCCUCAAACUGUCCAGAGAGAGAUCUAUUUCAUUGUGGUCUUUCAGGGGCUCUGCUCACUGCAAAUGGAUGUUGUCUCUUCAUGGAGAGCCAUGCCUUUAUUUCACUUUCACACUUUCUCGCUCUCUGUUUUCUUUCUUUCUCCAGAGAGGAUCAGAUGAGCUGCUGUCAAACAGCCUCUACAACAGUGGCUCUGAUAUGAGCAGUAUCAGUGGUAAGUUUGUGUGGCCCCCUUUUUGUUCUUAAAAAAAAAAAGAAGGAAAUUGCAUCAGUCAUUUGAUCGGCGUCCAACGGCAUUAAAAUAAAUCAAGGAUUAAUGAAUGUUUGAUGGUAGAACGGCUGUAUUAGUGGAUGUCUUCCUCACGGGAGGUGUUUCAGUAUCUGAAUAACCCUGUGCUCUUCUGUAGGUGGGCACCCACACACGCUUGCAUGUGACUGGAAUAAAGAUGCUGCGUGCUGUGCAUUUCAAUAGGCUAUAUCUCUUCAGAACAUGGCUGUAAUGCCAUAAAGAUAUAAUAUAGUAGCCUGUGAAACCUACUGUAUUGCACCCUUUAUUCUUAAUUUUCUUUUCCAUAGGUCCAAAUCCAUAUCUUGAAAUCCUCAACAUAUAUUGCAUUCAGAUCCAAAAUAGAAUAUUAUAGCCUAAUUAUGUAAAUGAUUGUACAAGAGACAGAAAAACGUACACUGAAGUUCAAUCAUGACGUUUCUUCUAGUAUUGUUGUUCAUUCUGUGCGCCUCAAGUUGUUUGUGUGCUUUCUGGUGGGCAGAUUGAGAGCAGAGCAGGAGACUAAUUUACAUUGUGACAAAUGGACAAUAGAAGUUGUAUUUUCUUCAAUCUAGAUGGUACAUCCAAUGGGAGUGAUAGUAAAAAACUGAGAGUGGAAGACAGGAUGGAGGCUCCUCCCUCUCGUGUGCUGCACAUCAGAAAACUGCCCAACGAAACUUCAGAAACGGAGGUCAUUGCCCUAGGGUUACCUUUCGGGAAGGUCACCAAUAUCCUGACGCUGAAGGGAAAAAACCAGGUGAGUGGGCCCAGAAUAAUCCGGCAGCCAUUUUAGAUUUUGUUUGCUGCCGGGUCCUGCCAAAUGUCUAUUUUUCAAUGAGUGGUCAGUGGGAGAUGUUUGGCUUUUGCCCCUUAGAUUCCUUUCUUGUGCGACCUCUUUGUCUGAUUACUAAUUGCCUGUGUUUGUUUUAACCCAUUGGUAUUCCUUCUCAAAAUUGCCACAAGGAUUUGAAAACAUUGGCUGUGUUUGUCUGAAAUUAAUUUCAUGGUCACAUUGUUGAAGGUUUCAUGAAGUGAAUUGCUAUGUUUCCUUGGAUUGUGUCCCUGUAUAUUCUCUUAUAAUACAGAAAUUAUAAUGUUCAGUUUAAUUGAAUUGAACGGUAUCAUUUCUGUAUCAUAAGACUCCAUAGAAUACCAUUGGGUAUAUAUCCUAACAGAAAACUCUAAAUUCUCUUUUUGUCCAUUGGUCCUCAGGCUUUCUUGGAGCUGGGGACAGAGGAAGCGGCAAUUACUAUGGUCAACUACUACUCCACUGUGACACCUCAUGUUCGAAACGUCCCCGUAUUCAUCCAGUACUCCAACCACAAAGAACUCAAAACAGAUGCCGGAAACCAGCGGGCCCAGGCGGUCCUGCAGGCGGUGUCAGCGGUCCAAGGGGGAGGUACCCCUACAUCAGGUUCAGAUCUGGCAGCUGCAUCCAGCCCUGUGCUCAGAAUAAUCAUUGACAACAUGUUCUACCCAGUUACUCUGGAUGUGCUGCAGCAGGUACCCUCACUACUACAUAUUUUUGUGUCGGAGAGCAGAUUUAUAAAUGCAAUAUACAUUUUGUACGUAAUUGACCACUACCUCUUCUGCCCUUAUCUCGUUAGGGAAAGUAGGGUGUGUUCUUUUUGUGGUUUAAUAUUACGUCUGAUAGUUAAACAUCAGCUACAUUUGUUGAGGUUGUAUUUUAAACACAUUUCCUGUAUUUUCCGUCUGUUAGAUCUUCUCAAAGUUCGGCACGGUCAUGAAGAUAAUCACAUUCACUAAGAACAAUCAGUUCCAGGCCCUGCUGCAGUUCAACGACCCGUCUACCGCACAGCAAGCCAAAAUUGUGAGUAGUCCUAAUGAUGAUGAUAAAUACAUAGGUCUGGUAUAGCGUUUUUCUAAGAACCAUAGAGUAAGAGAGACUCUGAUACCCCUUGCAGACCUCUCAUAGCGCCUCAAGAGUUCAUAAUUACAUUUUAGUCAUUUAGCAGGCGCUCUUAUCCACAACCCUGGCGUUGCAAGCGCCGUGCUCUACCAACUGGGCCACACAGGACCGUGUAAUUAACUGAGUUGUACGAUUUCAUUACUCGUUGGUGUAUUUGUACACUUCUCACUGUUUUUAUUGUGAGAGCACUGCUGAGUAAGGUUUCCACGUGCAAAUAAACCUGAAACCUGUUUCCAUUCUUACUCAGGCCCUGGAUGGUCAGAACAUCUACAACUCGUGCUGUACGCUCCGCAUCGAUUACUCCAAGCUGGUCAACCUGAACGUCAAGUACAACAACGACAAGAGCCGUGACUACACCCGGCCAGAGCUCCCUGCCGGGGAUGGACAGCCCGCCAUGGACCCCAACAUGGCUGCAGCCUUCCAAGGCAAGGACUCCAACUCUCUGCUUGGUAAGAUCCCAGGUAGAUCCCUCUCUUUUCCUCUUUCUCUUUCCUCUUCAUGUCUUCUUUGGGGCUCUUGAGGUUGGGAGGUGUUGGAAGCUCCACACUGGUUUAGGGACUAGCUCUGCUUUCUAUAUCUCUGGUGCUGUGGGGUCUAUCUGUCUAUCUCUGCUCAUGUCUGUCAACAUCAUCCAUCACCAAUGUCCAGUACGGUUGGGCGGUAUCCAGGUUUUCAUACCGUUUCUGUAUCCGGUAUUACCGAAAUUGCACACAAGGGGCACUAUUUUGAUUCUUCUUUUUUUAACGUACAAAACAAUUUAAGCAACUGAGAUCUUGCUCUGGGAGGGGGGGAUUGAAUGUCUCUGCUGUAACGAAGAAGCUUGAUCUUGACAUCUAUCCACUUUGCUAGCAAGUUAGCGAACCAAAUGCAUAGCUGGAGACCUGAGCUGGAUGUAAUUUAUUUGACACAUCUUAGAUUUCUUAUAGUUAUACUUAACUUAUAGUUAUAAGCAGUGGCGUAGCAAGCAUUGAAAAUCAUUUUAAAAAAACAACCUUUUUGUCAUUUAGUAGAUGCUCUUAUCCAGCGCGACUUUCAGUAGUGAGUGCAUACAUUUUCGUACUCGUCCCCCGUGGGAAUCGAACUCACAACCCUGGCAUUGCAAGCGCCAUGCUCUACCAACUGAGCUACACGGGACGUCUGGGACGUCUUUAUUUCGAAAUUACACGGUAUAUCGCCCAAGCCUGAUGUCAGGUGGAGUCACUAUUUCUGGACUGGCUAUACCUGUCUGCCAGGGAAAGUACAUUUGUUUUACCUCAACCGGGGCUCUGGGUGGGUGGGGUUUGCACAUUUUAGACUAUUCUAUUGGUCCUAAAGUGAAAUCUCCGCCCACACUGGGCCCCAGGUGAGCCAAAUGCACCCUCAGGCUCUUGUUGGGUCAAAGUCCUGAUCCCUCUUACCCAGUUGUCGCCAACAGGUCGACCGCAAGCUAACAGUAGCUCGCCUUGCCAUUCACAUGUUCCGCCGCAAACUGUCACAAACAAAACAGACACCGCAAGCUCCCAGCUACUAUCUAAUCAACGCAACAUUGACAUUAUCCCACCCUAGUUAGGGUUAGCUUUUUAAGCCAAUAGUGGCUAACACAAUAUUUGCAAUAUUGCCCAUGGCUGUCUGUGAUGUGUGCGUGAAGCCAGUUGAUGUGAUAACUGUCUUGUGGGUUGACAGAUAUUUUCCUCAACCUUCUCAAUUAACAGUUAACUGCAAAGUAGGCUUACCUGGCAGAAGUAUAUCAUGAGUAAGUAUAUAAUUUGUAUCUGUUAUUUGCGGACUUUGCCAUGAAAUUUAUGGGCUCCCGAGUGACGCAUCGGUCUAAGGCACUGCAUCUCAGUGCUUGAGGCGUCACUACAGACCCCCUGGUUCGAUUCCAGGCUGUAUCACAACCGGCCGUGAUUGGGAGUCUCAUAGGGCGGCGCACAAUUGGCCCAGCGUCGUCCGGGUUUGGCCGGUGUAGGCCGUCCAUUGUAUAUAAGAAUUUGUUCUUAACUGACUUGCCUAGUUAAAUAAAGGUAAAAUAAAUAAAUAAAAUGAGCAGCGGCAGUGCAGAACCAUCACCAUACCUGCACGUCGGCACAUUCCUCACUCAAUAGAUACGCAAUUAAAGGACCAGAUGCGCUAUUAAAGGGGAAUUGCACAAAAUAUAUUUUUAUUUUAUUUUCUUCCAGACCCUAAGAAAAGGUCUUCUGAUGUGAUUUAAGCUUUGACAUGGACGCAGAACAUCCAAUUUCGUCUUAAAAAUCACAGAUUAUAUAGGGUCCCCCCUAGAGUUGUUUAUGAAUCAUUAUUUUACCAGGUAUAUUGACAGAACAUAGUGCACUACUUUCUCUUGUACACUAAGGACAACGGGGAAGAGUUGCAGGGGAGAGAAGAGAAUAAUGUGCCUAUUUGAAAGCUAGAAAAUAAAUGUAAAAAAAAAAAAAAAAAGUAACUCUCAUGCUAGAAAAGGUUGGAGAACCCUGCUCUAACCUCUGACCUCUCUCCAGGUGCCCUGAGCCCGCUGAAUGCUGCGGCUGCGGCGGCUGCUGCUGCAGGGAGGGUGGCUCUGUCUGGUCACUCUGGCUCCAGCGGCGUGCUCCUGGCCUCCAACCUCAACGAAGAGGUCAGUACUGUUCUACCUACCUACCCCCUCCAAAUGUAGCCCUAACCACUCUCACACACCUAACACGCAUUCUCUUGUUUCUAUUGUCUAUUUCUCUCUCUCUCGUCCUCUUUCUCCUUCUCUCGUUCUUUCUCUUUCCCUCGCUCUCUGUCUGUCUCUCCAUGAUGUCUAAGUCUGCCAGUGCAGACUGAAUCCCUCACUCUCAUUAAAGAUGGAAAAAAGGGACUGUUUUCUAUCUAAGCUUUCCUCUCUGGCUCAUAUGAUGACUUGGUAUUGUCUGAAUCCCUCUCUCACUGCUAUUCUCUCUCCUUUCUCAUUUUGCCAUACUGAACUGAAACGUAACCAUCUCUUUCCUCUCUGCGCUCUCCUCUCCUGACUUGCUCUCUCUGUCUGCCUGUCUCUUAUGAAAUCUCUAUGGAGAGGACUUCAUAUUUCAGAUACUAUGAUUCUGUUAUUACUUUUGCCCCCCCCCCCCCACACUCUCAACAUGUAUGUAUGUAUGUAUAUCUGUGGGAUCAAACAUGAUCUGUGAAUGCCAUAACUAUAUAUCAGGUGGUUUCAUGUAUGUUGCUGCAAGAUUUGAGUGCAUGGUCUUUGGGCAAAUUUUAUUCACUUCAUACUCUUUAACUCACUUCAGCUGAAAUCUCCUGGGCCCAGUUAAAAAUAAAAAGAGUUAUCCAUCUGGAUUUCGCCUAUCGGAUAGGAUUAAAUGCAUAGAAAUAGAACAUACCAAUUAUUGACUUGAAUGGGAACUCCCGUUAUAUUAAUUAUAUUUCUAUGCAUUUAAUCCUAUCCGUAUAGUUACAAAAAAACCUGGCCCUGAACUUCAAGCUCUAGCCUACUGCAUGUCCUUUGUUUCUUCAUUGCGAGGCUAUUACUCCUAUGAUUAUGGUGUGAUUAUGAUUUGACAUUGAAUGUACCUUACCCAUGUUUGUCCAGGGGGUGAUUACAUUUGGCACAAUUUAUUUGCUUGUUUAGUUCUGACUAAGUACAUGAACCGGCCAUUCUCUGACCAAACUCCUGCAUUUCCAGUGUACUGACCUGUAUUUUUAUUUUUGUCCCCCUCCCUCACUUUGUUUUAACAUUUGCAUUUGCUCCUCCUCCCUCCCACCUCUCUCUCUCCCAUAUCCCUCCCUCUCUCAUCCCUCUCUCCCCCAUCUAUUCCCCUUGCUUCAUCCAUCCCUGUAACCCCACUGUUCAUGCUUGGUGCUUGAACAAAACCAACCCGUUCCCUUGGACCAACCUUAUCCCCAAAUUAACUGAACCAUACUCCAUGACCACCUUCACCAUUCUACGGGAAACCACCCUCCUCCGUUAUGGAUGAUCUGUCCAUCUCCGCUACGCUCUCUACCUCCGCUCCGACUCUUCUACCUCUCUACCUGUCUUCCGCUGCUUGCUCUUCUCUCCUUCUAAAGAUGGUUACGCCCCAAAGUCUGUUUACCCUCUUCGGUAUGUUAUUGUUAGCUCUCUACCGCUCUGUUAUUUUGUUGUUGCUUAUUUCUGUUAGACGUUUUGUUCAUUUCCUUAUACUGUAACUGUUUUGGCUUGUAGUAUUUAGGAAUAGGGUCUUCUGUUACAUUGGUUUGGUUCUCUCUCUCAAUCUCUCAUUUUGGCUAUUGAAAUUGAUCCAUUCAUAGAUUUGUUCAAAUGCAUGCUAAAUUGAUUUGGCAUGUACAGUAGUUUGAUUUGCUAAACAUCUCACAGAGCUUGUUAACUUCUCUAUUUGAAAGUGUCUCCGUCUGACCUUUACAUAUACACACACACCUCUUCAUUUAAUUCUGAUGAAUGAGCUCUAGCCUCCUACUGUCUCUAUCUAGCCUCCUACUCUGUCUCUAUCUAGCCUCCUACUCUGUCUCUAUCUAGCCUCCUACUCUGUCUCUAUCUAGCCUCCUACUCUGUCUCUAUCUAGCCUCCUACUCUGUCUCUAUCUAGCCUCCUACUCUGUCUCUAUCUCCAGCGCUAACCGUUUUCCUCACUGUCUCCUCUUCCUCCUCGCCCUCCUCUCGUCUGCUCAUGGCUUUAACACAGGGGUUUAUGGGGACACCCAGAGGGUGAAGAUUCUUUACAAUAAGAAGGACAGUGCUCUGAUACAGAUGGCUGAUGCCAGUCAAGCCCAGCUAGGUAAGAUGCUCCUCCUCCAUUCUCCUCCAUUUCCCCAACUGUCAACUCUCAUGUUAACCGGCUGAUUAAAAAGGCCACAUGGACAGGAUUUAAAAUAUUUCCUCUCGUCUUAUUCAGUGUCCCAUCUUCUCAAGUGGCAAAUAAUAUAUUUUUUCUAGAUGUAAUCUGGAUAAAUAAAUGUAAAAUUGGACAGGAUAAACGUUGUUGUCCUCACAGGGGGAAUUGUCUUGGGACACAGUACUGCUGGAUAAAACAAUGCACACUCAAUACAAAUCAAAUCUGCUUCCAGCAAUGAGUCACCUGAAUGGUCAGAAGAUGUAUGGGAAGGUCAUCAGGGUGGCUCUGUCCAAACACACCUCAGUGCAGCUGCCCAGGGAUGGACUGGAUGACCAGGGCCUCACCAAGGACUUCACCAACUCCCCCCUGCACCGCUUCAAGAAGCCCGGCUCCAAGAACUUUCAGAACAUCUUCCCUCCCUCCACCACCCUCCACCUCUCCAACAUCCCGUAAGUCUAAGUCAUGGCCCCUAGACUAGAAACUCAGUUUUGUGUGUAUUAGCUCAUAAUGGUUAUUGUUAGGAUUUGGACAUGGUAAGCAGAUCCUGUGUCUGUUAGUUUAGCCCCCUUGACACUGAUCCAAGGUCAGUUUUGAACUUUCUCACUCAACGGUAAGGUUUGGAUUUGGAUAGGGUAAUCUGAUCCCAGAUCUGUGCUAACUAAGGGCAACGUCUAUACCUGGAAAGAAAGUAAAGGGAACCCUAUGGUCUGGGUUGUCUCUGUCUUUUGUUGGAAUGCUAAGUUCACGUGUUGUUUUGACAGAACGGAUGUAACCGAAGAAGACCUGAGACUACUGUUCUCCAACGCCGGAGGCACUGUGAACGCAUUCAAGUUUUUCCAGUAAGUAUUUUUUUUCUUUACCGCUAUAAUAACGUGACUGAGCUACAGUUGUUCUUGAUUUGGUUGUGAAUUAAUUAAUUCAGCUCUGUGGCUAGCUCCAGGGGUGCUACACUAUGACUGACCCUGUGUAACUCAAAUAUGUGCAUGUUUGUGCGUUCUGUGGGCUGUUGAGAGCAGAAGAAUAUCCAAAUCUGAUGUAACCAUUGGACAAAUAAAGGUGUAUUGCAAUGUGUUCAACCAUCUUGUCUUCUUCCCAGGGAUCACAAAAUGGCGCUGCUCCAGAUGUCGACGGUGGAAGAGGCCAUCCAGGGUCUGAUUGACCUCCACAACUACAACAUGGGGGACAACCACCACCUGAGAGUGUCCUUUUCCAAAUCUUCCAUCUAAACCUGCAUAAUGAUCCUCCACAACAUCCAUCGCUUUCUGUUUCCAAACCGGCUUUUGGCUGCCGUUCGUUAAUCCUGUUCACUCUUUCCGGACUCUGGGGGACCACAUUUGGACCUUGUUGUAUUUCUUUCAAUUUUUUUCUUUCUAAGUGUUAUCAGUCAUUCCUUCAGAGAGAACCAGAAACUAAAACAUAAAAAAAAAUGUUGUACUUGUAUGUUUUGAGGACAUUUGACCCCCUUCACCUGACCCUUGUGUAAGUCCCAUAUCCCAUUUGUAUGAUAGGCAAACCAUUUUCCUUUUCCAUCUUUUUAUUAUGAAGGGUGGAUGAAUGGACUUUGGCGUAUCUUUUAUUAUGAUUUAGUUACAUAAGAUAUGUGCCUUACCUGACAAUAUCAACUCUUUUUACAUUCAAAUACUUACAUGAAUCGUUGCGGUCAGAUUUUGAGGCACAUUAAUUUUGAUGUGUAAAAUUUUGUUAAAACAUGAUUUCUCUGUUCUCCAAUGUGACUGUGCAGUUUUGAAGUUCUGCCACCCAAGAAGCUUCGCCUUUUCAGUUGCAGGUGUUGAAUUUGUGUAGGUUUUUAUUUUAUUUCAUUAAAGUCACUAUGGUUGUUGUGGAGUGGGGAACAAUAUGAGAUUGAAGUUGAAUCCGUCUUUUUACAACCCUUUUUGCGCUAACUUGGACCACCAUGCUUGAGAAGGUUUCUUGCAAACAGACAACCAACAAUGCAGAUUUAAUCCUAGUGUCCACCUGUAUGAUCAUUUUAACACUUUUUGUUGUUUUUUUGUUUGUGUCCAUAAGUCAUCCAUUUACGAAAAUAGUAAAUGUUGCUGUUCUUUAUAGGUGUUUGUUUUCCUUACCUCCUUUUUAUUGCGAUUUAUUGAUGUACAUGGGUAGAAGUUGAGUGGUUUCCUAAGCAUGUACUGCCUGGUCUAGUUAUUGGAAUUAAAAGUUGGUAGUACUUUAUUCAUUUGAACUGUACUUCAUAACUGUCAUUGUCCUACAUAUGACAAAACGAAUGUCAUGACAAUAUUAUGACAUAGUUCAAAUAAAGUGUUACAAAAAAUCUGCUGUUGCAUGCAUUGGAAGAGGCUAAUAGAAGAGAACCUGUAGUGACGUCAACGUGUUGCAGUUUACUGAAGGAGGUUGGGACCAAAGUGUAUGUGCCUUUAGUUUUGAUUUACAUUGUCAAGGAAAGGAACAAUAUUUUAGUGAACCUCUGAUAUAUUUUGUAUAUCUGAACAAAUAAGAUCCAGGACCUGAUUCAGAAUCGACAUUAAUUCCUUCUAUGGUUAUUUUAGGCUGAUAUACAUGUAAUACCCACAAUUGUUUGAAGAAUCCCACAACCUCAACUUUCUAGAAAAUGAGAUUCAUGUAUAUUUUCUAUCAGUUUAAUUUUUACAUCUCUAGAAAUGUAAGACUCAGAUAUAGUUUGGAAGCAGCAAAAUUAAAAUAAUUUUCUAACAAAGUCGGGAGAUUUGGUCUGACUUAGUUGUGUUUUGGAAUUUAUUUUCUUUCUAUCUUCUCUCGUGUGUACUUUGCUUUACCUGUGUAGCAUGCUCAAUAAACUCUUCUGUAGCUCUGUAUUCACCUCUUCUGUCUCUGUCAGCAGCUUGCUCAUC